AAUUAAAAUGACGAAGACCCUCAAAUAAAACCCUGAAGUGAAACCUACCCUUAACGCUUUUUCACGGAGGCCACCGUCGUCUCUGAAAGUAAGCCCUUCCCUUUCAUCGUUCACAGCGGCGCCUCUAGUUUUCUCACUCCGCAACCAAACGACACCCAUCUUCGUGUUGUCUCCCAAAAACGACACCGCCGAAGCAGAACCCUAAUACUUUGCUUCAACAAUGCAGCACGACGAGGUCAUAUGGCAAGUUAUCAGGCACAACCAUUGCAGUUACAUGGCCAAAAUUGCGACGGGGAAUUUUUGUAGAAACCCUUACAACGUGACUGGGGUUUGUAACCGAAGCUCGUGCCCUUUGGCUAAUAGUCGCUAUGCCACCAUUCGCGACGACAAUGGAGUGUUUUACCUUUACAUGAAAACUAUUGAAAGAGCUCAUAUGCCGAAAGAUUUGUGGGAAAGAGUAAAGCUUCCUAGGAAUUACGAGAAGGCACUUGAAAUCAUAGAUAAACAUCUGAUGUAUUGGCCCAAACUUCUUAUACACAAGAUAAAGCAACGUUUGACCAAAAUGACACAGAUGCGGAUACGUAUGAGGAAACUUGCUUUGAAGACAAGGGAGAAAAUAAUGACAACUCCAAGGAAAGAGAAAAAGAGAGAGGCUCGAAGAGAAGAGAAGGCUGAAAAAGCAGCUUUGUUAGAAAAGUCUAUUGAAAAAGAGCUAUUGGAACGCCUUCAAAAAGGAGUUUAUCAACAAAGUGAUAUAUACAAUUAUCCUCUUGAAGAGUACAAUAAAGUUCUUGAUAUGGAGAAACUUCAAAUUGCUGAUGAAGAAGAGGAUGAAGAAGAACCAGAAGUAGAAUAUGUAGAAGGUUAUGAUGAACUUGAAGAGGAAGAAGACAUGGAGGAUUUUGGUGGUUUUGCAACUCUUAAGUCUCAGGGUGAUUAUGACAAUGAUGAAAAUGCUGGAAGCACUGAUGAUGAAGAGGAAGAAGCAAUCGAUAGGAGUAGAGCAAAAAGGAAAAUGGCUUUAUCUUCAAAGAAACUUGAGAAGAAUGGCCUUGAUUCUAAAUCAAAGAAGACAAGGGUACUUGUUGAGGUUGAGCGGGAGGAUGCUGGUGAAAGACAGAGGGUGGUACAGUAGUUGCAUUCACCGUUGUUACGGAUAGAGGAAAACUGCUAUAGCAGAAAAGGAAUUUUGAUUGUUGAGUCUUCUAUUUUUUUUUUCCAGCUUUUAAAGUUAUAUACAUUUUCCUCAUUUGUUUUUAAUUUAUUUCAUAGUUGUUCUGAAGAGUUCUGGCAAAUGCCAUAAAGUAGUUUAGGGUGGUUUGACAGAGGUGGAGCUAGGGCUGUUCAAUUCGAACUGAAUUGUGACGAACUGUAAAACAUUUGCAGUUCGCCGAACUGAACUGAAUCGUCAAAUAGUUGAGACAAACUGAAUUGAAUGGUUGUAGAAGUAAUUUGAACUGAAUUGUUCUAAACUGUUUUGUAUUAUUUCAAAUUACUUUAAAUUGUUCUGAAUUAUUUUUA